CAGUGGCUUCUCACUAGCAGCUCAGCUGCCCUGGGGCGGUGACUUGCCUGGGUGUGCGCUGUGGAUGUAGACUUCGUGCCUGUUAGUAAAGGUGUACAAGGCUUUGCCUUCUCUCAAGCAGAGCCUUGGCCGUGGGCUGCACCGUGUCAGAGCACAAGUGUGUUGUCUCCAGGAACCUGCCUCAUCUGUGCAUUGCGGGUAUGGAGGGUGUGCUGUGCCCUGGGGGAGCAGGCUGGGUGACCAGAGUGGGAAUAUGUGAUUUAGGCAGGGCUGGGCAAUGCCUGUGUGCUUUGCCUCCCUGCCUGAGCAAGUCUGUGUUUCUGUGAGGUGCUUUUGCAUGGUGUGGUCUAUACUAGGGUGCAGCAGAACAGCGAGGGCCGUGUGUGAUGAUGGAGAUGGGCAAGCCCCGCAGGCAUCUCUUGCUUAUUAGAUAAACAAUUCCUGAUGAAAGCCCGCACUUAACAGCACCACAGCAGUCUCCAUGUAUUAAUGUAGGAUCUUCUCUGCUGCUUUCUGAAACCAGAUGGUAGCUCCUGCCAGCACGGUCUUCAGCCAGGCUCUUUUUAAAUAGCAAACUUCAGUUUCCAACUCAGGGGAGAUUUCUGUAGUGAUAGGAGGUGGAGUUUCCUGGGCAGAGCACCAGCAGGUUGCAGUGCCCUGGGGAAGGACAGCGGUUGCUUGGGUGCAAACACCUUUGUACAUGCAAAGUCUACUCCGUGCUGUUGCACGACAGCACCUCCCUGGCAGGGCUGGCCUCCUGUUUACAACCCUUAUGAGUCUCUUUUCUUGUCCUUGGGGUGGUAGCAGUGCUGAGAGCUGUGGGCUCGUUGUUAUGGCACUGCUCCCUGGGGAUGCUGUUGCCUCAGUAAUGGCUGAGUAUCCUGAAUGAUGAGGAGAGCGUCUUUCAUGGGCCAUGGGCAGAUGUAGGAUCUCUUGGGGAGGGUGAAAUGCUCUGCAGGACUCUUACUGCAGCAUCAGUGAUGGCCAGUGGUGGAAAACACGGGAUGAGCACAUCCCAUGGGGUUUGACCCUCUCCCCAUGCUGUGCCGUAUCUCUGGAUUCAAACCACGUGAUGCAUGGUUCUUCUUAGGGCUGUUUUCUGCUCUUUGCAGGUCUCUGACACGGGGUGUGUGCCUGUGGUCUCCUCACAUGGAGGAUGACAGCCAAGAGUAAUGGUCUGCACAGCUCACCGGCCAACCACCACCCCUGCUCGCCUGCCCAAGCCCAAGUGGAACAUGAUGCGGAGGGGACAGGGCUCAGCACCAGGAGGACCUGCUCAACCCAGGAUGACACCUCCUCAGAGCUGCGGAGAGGUGAUCCCCCAGAUGGGGGGGAGCAGCUGGCUGCCCCCACUUUUCAAGGCAGGGGAGCCUUGGCCAGGAUAGUCCGGCUGGUGCUGGUGCUGCGGGACUGGGCCAGCAAGAGCUUGCAUGAGGAGCAGCAACGGCCAGACCCUUUCCUCGAGCGCUUCCAGGGCCCUGAGCUCCAGACAGUGGCUGCAGGUGCUGGACAUGAGGAUGAAGAGACCGAGGAGGCAAACAAAAAGAAGAAAUGGCAGAUCUUUGUGGUGGACCCUGCGGGAGACUGGUAUUACCGCUGGCUGGCUGUCAUUGCAGUUCCUGUCCUCUAUAACUGGUGCUUGCUUGUAGCCAGGGCUUGCUUCAGUGACCUGCAAAAGACCUAUGUUGUCCUCUGGCUGGUGUUAGACUACAUCUCGGACUCUAUCUACAUUGGGGACAUAGUGAUCCGCCUGCGCACAGGUUUCUUGGAACAGGGCCUUCUGGUUAAGGACCUGAAGAAGUUACGGGAUAACUACAUCCACACCUUGCAGUUCAAGCUGGAUGUUCUCUCCAUCCUGCCCACAGACCUGGCAUAUGUUGCUGUGGGAUUGCACCACCCUGAAUUGCGUUUCAACAGGCUGCUGCACUUCUCCCGCAUGUUUGAGUUCUUUGACAGGACUGAGACCAGAACCAGCCACCCCAACAUCUUCCGUAUCUGCAACUUGGUUCUUUACAUCCUGGUCAUCAUCCACUGGAAUGCAUGUAUUUAUUAUGCCAUCUCCAAGGCCAUAGGCUUUGGACAGGACACCUGGGUCUAUCCCAAUGUCACAGACCCCGAAUAUGGGUAUCUGACCCGGGAGUAUGUCUACUGUCUCUACUGGUCUACGCUGACUUUGACUACCAUUGGAGAAACCCCGCCCCCUGUUCGCGAUGAAGAGUACCUCUUUGUGAUCUUCGAUUUCCUCAUCGGUGUCCUCAUCUUUGCCACCAUUGUGGGGAAUGUGGGAUCCAUGAUAUCCAACAUGAAUGCCACCAGGGCAGAGUUCCAGGCAAAAAUUGAUGCCAUCAAACACUACAUGCAGUUCCGCAAGGUGAGCAAAGACAUGGAAACCAAAGUCAUCAAGUGGUUUGACUACCUAUGGACCAACAAGAAGGCAGUAGAUGAACGGGAAGUCCUCAAGAAUCUCCCUGAUAAGUUAAGGGCAGAGAUUGCCAUCAAUGUUCACCUGGAGACACUGAAGAAGGUGAGGAUUUUCCAGGACUGUGAGGCAGGUCUACUGGUGGAGCUAGUGCUGAAGCUUCGCCUUCAGGUGUUCAGCCCAGGAGAUUAUAUUUGUCGGAAAGGAGACAUUGGGAAAGAGAUGUACAUCAUCAAGGAAGGGAAGCUGGCCGUGGUGGCGGAUGAUGGAAUAACACAGUAUGCUUUGCUCACUGCAGGAGGCUGCUUUGGUGAGAUCAGCAUCCUUAACAUUAAAGGGAGCAAAAUGGGCAACAGGCGCACAGCCAACAUCCGUAGCUUGGGCUACUCUGAUCUCUUCUGCCUCUCAAAAGAAGAUCUUAUGGAAGCAGUCACAGAGUAUCCUGAUGCCAAAAAGGUCUUGGAGGAGCGUGGCCGGGAGAUCCUGAUCAAGGAAGGGCUGCUGGAUGAGUCAGCUGCGGAGGCAAGCACAGAAGGGAAAAGCAUAGAGGAGAAGCUGGACAGGCUGGCCUUGAACCUGGACACAUUGCAUACUCGCUUUGGCCGGCUCCUGACAGAGUACAAUGAUGCUCAGAUGAAGCUCAAGCAGCGCAUCACCCUUCUGGAGUCCAAGAUGAGGCAGCAGGAUCUGGAGGACUUCUUCUCCGAUAGCUCAGACAGUCUACUUGAGGACGAGGAGAAAGGUUUACAUGGUAGGAUGCACUGAGAGGGUACAGAGGUCAGCUAGAUGAUGUCUGGCCUUGUGCUGAGACAGUGUUUGCUAUUUCACAAUGCAGAUCCUGUGACCAGGGACUUCUGUCAGGUCCUUAGCUUGUUGGUGAGGGUUGCAGUACAGGAAAGGCUACCAAAACCCUACGAACAACAGCAACAUCAGCACAAACAGUAAUUCCACCUAUGCCUAACGGUACUGUGCAGGUGCUGGGACUGGCACAUGCAACCUCGUUUCUUCCUUCUGUUGUGUAGCUGGUCCUGACCUGUGUGUAGGCACCUGGGACCUCCUGCUCCUGCCCUCUGGGUCCGUGAGGUGGGCAGGGACUGGUCUCUAAAGACAAGAAUGUUUGGUGGACAAUAGAAUUUUGGAAGAAUAAAUGUUCUGGGACCAAUUCAGCCAGUCAUUUGGCUAAAAUAAUGGGAUGAUGCAUGGGGAGGUGUCAACCCAGAAAGGUUAAUGGUGGAAAACAGAGGGUAUUUACUUUGUCCUUUCAUUUCCUUCCAAUGUAACACUACCUCCCUUCAUUUUGUGUGAGAAUUUUCUAUUUAAAACUAAUGGCCUUGCCUUUUGUGAUUGGUGGUCGGGAGAGAAGGUUAAAUUCCCCAAAUUAGAAUUUAGGGUAAGAAGUUUUUUUGUCAUCUCUAAAUUAAAUUGUAGGAUUUCUGGUGCUUUAUUUAUUUAUCCAUUUAUUUUAAUUACUAAGAUGAUUUUUGAUUGAAAGAGAGGUGUUUUCUGUUUUUCUUUUUCUUCCAACACCAAAAGCCCCAGCUCCCAGCUUUCCCCUUUCCUGUGAUUUACCGCUCCUGAAUUUGCCGCUCGUUCUUUGCCUGCGGCAGGCAGGGGGUGCGGGCGGGCAGAACAUCCCUUUCCCCCCUCAAAAGCCCAGCUCCGCCGGGGAUGCUGCGAUGGAGCCAGGAGAGGGAGCUGUGAGCCGCGGAACCGCCGCUGCCGGCA